AUGGUGACAUCCACAUUAGCUGUCUGUACUGACCCAUAUCCACAAGUAUUAGAGAAGCCAGACGAAUCAGAUAAAGCAAGUGAAGAAUUGCAGGUGCAAUCUGGUUCGACACAAAAUGGGGUUGAACCUGUGGUAGGAGACGGGGAUGAAAUAAUGACCGAGGUAGAGGAGGCUGACAUUGACGAUGAUAUGACCAUUGACAUGGAAGCCUUGGAAGAAAUAACAUUUUUGCUGGAACUAGGUUGGAACUCCCAUAUUGUUGAGCCUAACCACAAUUUUAUGCAUGAGCCAGAGGACUCUGGUGUUGGAGAAAUUUUCAGGGCAUUUUGUUUUUCUGAAUUACUAUUUGUGUGGUCAUUUUCUUCAGGCACUGAUACUUGUGUCAUGGUGAUGCCUCCUAUCAAGGCUGAUGUUGUUCCCUCUAGCUUUGUCCUGUUUGUUCUCUCCUUUUGCCUGCACUUCUAUUGUAUGAUGCUUGUUUGUUUUCUUGUGUUCUAUGGUAUCAGAGUCAGUAUGAUCCCACCAGACAUGGAAGAUUGUGCUCUACUUUUAUGA